AUGAUCGACUAUCUCUUCAUAUUGGCCAUCAAGCUGGCGCUCUACCUCUCAGCUCGAGCCGCCCUCCCCUUCCUCUUCGGACAAGCUCGCCAUGCCUCCUUAGACGUCAGCACCAAGCCCGCGUCCACCCUACCCACCCCGGCCACUGCACAAGCCUCGACAAACUCACAUCCGCUGCACUCAGACUCGAUACACGAUGACGACGACACGGACGACGGCCUCAGCGCUACCGACACCUCACCCUUCCUAGCCGGCAAAAGAGGAUCAGCCCGUCCCUCCUGGACGCAGUUUCGCGCCUCGCUGCUCGCUCCUGUGCGCAUUCGCAACACUUCCGGCGCUCUUGAUCUCGCCAGCGUAUCUGCGCUUCUCUUCUCGUUCGCAUUCGAGGAGUCUGCAUCGCUUUACGUCGCGGUCCUGCUCGAAACAGCCGGUUUCUCGGCAGGCAACGGCACGGCAUUACGCAAGUCGUGGCGCUUCUCUCUAGCUGCAGUGCAGGCGCUAGCCAUCGUGUUCAUCCCGCUCGCUGUGUGUCUCCUGUUCACGUAUCGCAGCAACUCAUCCACGCCUCUGCCGCGCCGCAUCGCCUACCUGCUCAUCCCGUUCCUCCCGUGGCUCGUGUUGUUCUUCAAGGUGCCGCUCCCAGCUGCGCUGUCGGACGCUCGUAGCGGCGCAGGUAUCUUCGACGGCCUCAUGGCGAGAACGGCUGUCAUUGGGGUCACCUUCAUCGCUGUCCUAUCCGGCUCCGCAGCGCUACAAGCAGCCUGGGAGGCAUUCGAGCAAUUCAAGGGCAAGUCACAACGGUCUCCCUCCGCAUCAGACAUCGUUCUCGCGCAAGAAUCCUUCCAAAAGACGUGCGCCGAUCUUGCCUCGACCAAAGCCAACCUCGCACGACUCGAAAAUGAAACGCCCGAGACUGACGCCCGGUGGAGCGUCAGCAGUCUCUGGGGUGGCUCCAGCCGCAGUCGGGAGAUCAAGUCGCUCAAGUCGGAAAUCUUCGGUCUGUCCUCAAUCGCCGCUGCGAUGCGCGACGACCUCGACCGCAUGACGGCGCUCCAGCACAAGGCGCAGCUCGAGUCCACGCCCAUCGGCAAAGUGUGGAUCCUCAUCGGAUGGAUCUGGGCGGUCUACUGCGCGUUCCGCAUCGCUCUGUCGCUGCUCAACCUGCUCAUCCUUGGUUACCGCGACACCGCGCCGCCAGACUUUAUCUCGUUGUUGGUCGCAGAGAUGAUCCGCAUCUUUGAUGUGGAUUUGGACGUGGAUGCGUGGACGAAGCAGGUGUCGCUGUUGUUUGUGGGAAUACUGAUCUGGGGGAGGAUAGGGAGUGUAUUGAGUUAUCUCGGGUCGGCCUUCCGGGCAGCAGGGACGGGCGUAUCCAGCUCGUUCCUCGUGCUGUUCCUGGCAGAGAUCAUGACGGUGUAUCUGCUAGCUACGCUCAUCCAGCUGCGCUCGUCGUUACCCGCAUCGGUGGCCAACCCGACGCCGGUGCUGACACCAGACCAGAUGCGGCGGGACACGGUCGGUGACACCACGACGCCGCCGCUCAUCGCAACCCUGCCCAGCUUCCAGGUCGUCUUCGGCAGUCUCUUCGAUUCAGCCUUCCUGCUCGCAGCGGCAGUCACGGCGGGAUGGAAGUAUCUGGUCUACAUGCAGAGACCGUCUUCGGGUGACGGUGGCGCUUUGUUUGGUGCCAGCAUGCGAUGA